AUGUCUGAUAAGAUUGAGAGACAUACAUUUAAGGUAUUCAACCAGGACUUUACGGUAGACAAAAGGUUCCAAUUGAUCAAGGAGAUUGGUCAUGGAGCAUAUGGAGUUGUUUGCUCGGCACGAUUCACUGAGGCUGCCGAAGAAACCACCGUGGCGAUCAAGAAAGUGACCAAUGUGUUUUCAAAGACUCUUCUUUGUAAGAGAUCUCUUCGAGAAUUGAAGCUACUGAGACAUUUCAGGGGUCAUAAGAACAUCACAUGCUUGUACGACAUGGACAUCGUAUUCUAUCCUGAUGGGCAGUUUGCCGGUCUAUAUCUAUACGAAGAGCUAAUGGAAUGUGACAUGCAUCAAAUUAUAAAAUCGGAACAGCCGUUGACGGAUGCCCACUAUCAAAGCUUCAUCUACCAGAUUCUUUGUGGGUUAAAGUACAUACAUUCCGCAGACGUGUUGCAUCGAGACUUGAAACCGGGAAAUCUGCUUGUUAAUGCUGAUUGUCAGCUGAAAAUUUGCGAUUUCGGCUUAGCCAGAGGGUACUCGGAGAAUCCCGAGGAGAACAACCAGUUUCUCACUGAGUAUGUGGCGACAAGGUGGUACAGAGCGCCAGAAAUUAUGUUAAGCUACCAGGGAUAUACGAGGGCCAUUGACGUGUGGUCUACAGGGUGCAUCCUGGCAGAGUUUCUUGGCGGUAAGCCCAUUUUCAAAGGCAAGGAUUACGUAAAUCAGCUAAACCGAAUACUUCAAGUGCUUGGGACCCCACCAGAUGAAACCCUUAGAAGAAUUGGAUCAAAAAACGUGCAGGACUACAUACACCAAUUGGGUUUCAUUCCCAAGGUACCCUUUGCGGACAUCUUCCCCCAGGCGAAUUCCCAGGCACUGGACCUGCUAGAAAGAAUGCUUGCGUUUGAUCCCUUGAGGAGAAUAACAGUGGAAGAAGCGCUGGAACAUCCGUAUCUAUCAAUAUGGCACGAUCCGGCAGACGAACCUGUUUGCAGUGAAAAAUUCGAAUUCAGCUUUGAGAGCAUCAACGAAAUGGAGGAACUGAAGCAAAUGGUAAUGCAGGAGGUUCAGGAUUUCAGACACUAUGUAAGGCAACCUCUCUUGGAAGAACAGGAGAGACAACAGCAAAGACAAGAUAAACGUGGACAGCAGGCUCAACAGCAAAGCUCCCCAGUUCGCAGCGAGAUCGUGAGCGAUGGGGAUUUUACCAGCCAUAUGGUGGAAGCGGCCGGGCAGUAUUCACAAAUUCAGGACUCCUUCGUCGGUAUCGACUCGCGCGAUCUACCAGAUCAUGGUACAGAUUUCCCACCAAGGCCUCAAGAAAAUCUGUUAGCUUCACCUAUUGCAUUGAAGUCCAAUCGCGAUGGCACCACCCCUUCGGCCUCGCAAAGUGGAUAUGGCGAAUUUCUAGAUCUAGAGAAAGAAUUGGAGUUCGGUUUAGACCGGAAAUUCUAA